CUAUCUUAAAUUAUGAGAGCGACAGAAACCCGUCCCCUUCAUCUUUCCAAGGUUAUUAACUCUUCUGGCUUUUAUCAUUCUCAACCAGCCGUGUCUCUUUUUUAAUGGCUCAAACAACUCCAAACCACACCCAGACGGUCGCUUGCUGGGCAGCUCAUGAUCCGUCCGGCAAGAUUACCCCUCACAUAAUCAAGCGAAGAGAGAACGGCGUCGACGAUGUGACCAUAAAGAUUCUUUAUUGUGGGAUCUGCCACACGGAUCUCCAUCAUGUGAGAGACGACUGGGGAAUCACCAUGUAUCCUGUUGUUCCUGGACAUGAAAUUACUGGGAUGGUUACAAAGGUUGGAAGCAAUGUAAAGAAUUUCAAGAUAGGAGAUAAGGUGGGGGUUGGAUGCCUGGCAGCAUCUUGUUUGAAGUGUGAGUUUUGCAAAAGCUCGCAAGAGAACUACUGUGAUAAGCUCCAAUUCGUGUAUAAUGGCAUCUUUUGGGAUGGCAGUAUAACUUAUGGUGGCUACUCUGAAAUGCUGGUCGCAGAUCACAGGUUCGUGGUUCACCUGCCGGAGAAUUUGUCAAUGGCUGCCGUAGCGCCGCUGUUGUGCGCGGGAAUAACAGUGUUCACCCCUUUGAAAGACAACAAUUUGAUCGAGUCACCAGGAAAAAAGAUAGGAGUAGUCGGUCUAGGGGGACUUGGGCACGUGGCAAUCAAAUUUGGGAAGGCAUUUGGUCAUCAUGUAACAGUCAUCAGCACAUCUCCCUCAAAGGAAAAAGAGGCCAGAGAGGUUUUGGGUGCAGAUGACUUCAUCGUCAGCACUAAUGAUGAACAAAUGAAGGCAGGCACGAGAACCCUGGAUUUUAUAUUGGACACAGUAGCAGCGAAGCACUCUCUUGGGCCUAUCUUAGAAUUACUCAAGGUGAAUGGAACACUAUCGCUGGUGGGUGCACCUGACCAGCCCAUCGAACUUCCUGCUUUUCCCUUGAUAUUUGGCAAGAGAACUGUGAAGGGUAGCAUAAUAGGGGGAAUGAAAGAGACACAGGAGAUGAUGGAUCUGUGUGGCAAGUACAACAUCACAUGCAACAUUGAGGUGGUAAAACCAGACCAAAUUAACGAAGCCCUUGAACGCCUUGCAAGAAAUGAUGUCAGAUACCGCUUUGUAAUCGACAUUGCUGGAGACUCAUCAAACCUGUAGAAGCUAAGCUUGCUUGGCUGAUCUGUUACCUGUUUCAUGCUCUUCUUGUUUGUUUACUUUGGUUUGAUCACUUAUGCCUAGGAAAUGGAUGGCUCAAGUCUGUAAAGCUUAAUUAAGCUGCGUUCAUUGCCUUACUAUCCUAGACAUCUUAAUAAAGACAAAACUCCCAUUGCUUUCUGUUUAUUA